UCGUCUCAAAUGGUAAAAUGUGUCUUCUGUGCACAGUUCAAUGAGGUUUUACGAUGUCUUUCACUUUACGGUGUAUUUCACAGCUGGAUUGAAGAGUAGAAGCGCGACACACUGAUGGCCACCCGUGUGCUGUGUCGGCGGGUCUGCUCCCUUCCUGGCUGGAGAAGAAGUCUCACCCAAGGUCAACACAUUCACACCAAAACAAGGGAAGAGAUAAGCGAUCAGGAGGAAAACAAGAAUGGGUCAGAUGUUUCCUCCCAAAGUGGAUACAAACUGUACUACAAUCCUUCGUCAUAUCAUGUUGCAAGAACUUCUGCUAAUUCUACCAGUCAGAUGGAUAGCUCUGAAGAGGAGCAGUUUUUCAGUGCUUCCUUUUGGCAGCAGAGCAACCACUACAGCGUGAGUUGCUCACGGCACCUCUCAAGCUCCAAAAACACACUUCUUGAUUUAGCUCUAAACAAAGCAUCUGAAACCGAAGUGCCAUCUGUGUCGUCCUACAACAAGAAGCCAGUCACACCAGAUGUUAAAGUUGACACACGAGCCUUCCUUAAAUGCAGACCAGAGUAUGCUUCCAUGUCCCUUGACCUCACCCAGCGACCUCAACCAGUAGAAUGGGUAGAAUUGUUGCCACUCCUUCAAAAAGUGUUUGUUUUAAGGGGCAGGAUGAAGCCAGCUGACGUGUUGCAGUUUCUCUUGGAGCUCAGCAAGUUGGACCCAGACAAGAUGCCUCUGCUGCAAAGUGACCAGCGGUUUGUCAUGCUUCUCCGAUAUUCUGUCGAGCACCUCCGUCUCUUCUCUGACCUACAGCUGCUGGAGGUGUUACAGUCGUUUGUGUGGUUGGAGAUACCCUCGUCCCACACCGUGCUCGAGGUGUACGAAGCCGAACUGAGCUGCCGGGCCAACCAGCUGACACUACAUCAGUUAUUAUUAGCUGCUGACUUGUGGCGCUGUAUUAGGAGACAGGUGCCACAGUUCUUGCAGCGUCUCUUUGAGUCAGUUCAUCUUUAUUUAGGACAAGUAGGAGUCCCUGAGCUGGUACAUCUCCUUUACAUAAUAGGCGAAGGUAGGCACUGUCCAAAAGACUUGAUCUAUCUUAUAAAGCCACUUCUCAUGCGUCAUUUAGCACAAAUGCAUCCUGAGGAGGUAGGCAUUGUAUGUUUGGGACUCUUUAAAGCCCAAACCUCACUUCCAGAGGGAGCAGUUUCUCGUAUUGUUGAUAAGGCAGUCUCUGUUGUGACUGAGAUGGGUGACUUUGCAAUGGUCAAUGUGUUGAAAUACCUGCGUUUCAGCUAUCUUUUUCACAGGACAUGGUUGGAAGCCAUGGAAAAGGAAGUUCCUCAACGGGCUCAUCGGAUGGGAGUCCAGGGCCUGAUGCAUGUGACUUUAACUUGUUCAGCUCUUCAUUAUCGUAGUGAUAGCAUCCUGACUUCUAUUGCAGAGAGAGUUCCCUCUCUUGUGCCACAUUGCAGGAGUAAAGACUCAAGCAAACUCCUGUGGGCCUUUGCCACCUUAGGGUUCCUUCCAGCUCAGAAUCAGAGUUUUUAUGCGAGCCUGACAGACGCCCUGAGGCAGAGGAAAGCAGAGUUCCAGCAAUACCCCGAACACCUGCUGACUGGUCUUCUAGGUUUGGCUUUUGUUUCUCAGUUUCCUGAGGAUCUUGUUACAUUAGCUCUAAGUCCUGAGUUUGUCCACUUAGCACUGAGAAACUCCAAGCUAGAGCUGAAAAAGGAUUUGUUCACCUUGGAUGCAGCUGUGGCUCUGGAGCUCCCUCAGUGGAAAGGCCCACGGUUGAGUGGCGAACUCAGAGAAGAGGUGGCGGAAAUGCUGUGGACGUUCGCACAGUCGGACGUCUGCCUGAAACCAGAGGUUUUGGAGGCAGAAUCGGCUCUUCAGGAUCUUCUCGGUGGAGACAAAUUUGUAUGCAAAAGAAUGAUCAUGCCGCAUACUCGCUCCAUCGAUCUGGAAAUACAUCUGGACCCCAAAGGACAACCAAUACCUGUGAACCUACUGUGCCCUAAGCAGAAUCCCGCAAUGGUUCCUUCUCCCCAAAGCUGGGAGAAAAUAAACUCAGGAGUAACGAUCACAGACAACCUUUUAGCCCAAUUAAUAAAAGGCAAAAACUCCACUGAGCUUCCUCCAGCAACUAUAGCAGCUUCCUCAGUUGGAGAGACACCAUGCCAACAGCUACCACCUGACGAAGAUGGGAGAGUGUUUGACUCGGUUUUAAAUUUUACCAAUGACAUGGUAGAAACCCUCACCAAACCCAGCCGCAGCAACCGGGACUCGGUUCGCCAAGGCAUUAAAGACUCAGUCAAAAUUGCUGUCCAGAUCUCAAACAGGAACCACUACUGCAUACAGUCACAGCAGCUGCUGGGGCUUCAUGCCAUGAAGAGACGACACUUAAAAAUUGCGGGAUACAGGGUGGUAGAGCUGAGCCAUUGGGAGUGGUUUUUAAUGCUGAGGAAAAGCAGGGCACAGAAACUGGCAUAUCUACACUGCAAAAUCUAUGACAGUCUUUAAGGAUUCAGAAACCUCUGGAAAAUUCAUGUUGAACAGUGUUGCCAAAAAUGUCCUGCGUUCAGUUGCAUCCUGAAAUCUUGAGUAUUGUGCAAAGUACAGAAACAUCUACCAAGUAGAUAAUUUACUUCUUCUGUGUUUGUUUUGUAUGUGCAAUGGAUUUUCAAACUGUAUUCACAUCUAGAAUGGCAGGUUAUUUGAUGAUUAUACAAUAGGACCAUUAAAAACAAUUAACUUUUUUUUAUACCUCUACUGUGACAUAAAUCCUGUACAAACGUUUAGCAAAAAAAUGGGGAAAGAAAUGUUAAAAGUAAAAGAGCUGUCUGAUUCCCUAAUUGCACAUACCCUUAAGGUAAUACAUUUAAUGCCUAUUGCAAUUCAAAAACAUCAAGUAUUCUGUUUUUCAUUGCAAUCUUUUGCAAAAGUUAGAUUAUGAAGCCAUCUUUUUGUGGACAGUCCUCUUUAGGUGGGCAAUUUUGCUUAGACUCCUUGUUAUGCUGGAAAAUAGGGAGAAAACUUGUGCAACUUGAUCCUCUGGACAAAUAACUGAGGGAUUUGAAUUAAAACAAACUAGUAUUUGCCACUUUACAUACAGUAAUUUCCUUAAUUUUAACAAAACCAAUUUCAUCUGGAAAAAAAAGUAACCCCAUACCAUGAUCUGUUGGUGCAGAUUAUUUUUAUUACUUAGCAUACCAGAAAUAUAUGUUUGGUUUCAUCAAAUCAUAACCCUUUAGAAUAUUUUAUUUAGGGCUGGAUGUUUUCUUUGGAAGAAAAGGCAUCUGUUUUGAAACCCUGCUUCUUAGUCUAGACAUACAAACAAAAUGGGGGUUGUUAUUGUAUUAAAAGCAUAGUCAGUAUUGUUUUUGAAAAUUCCCGCAACCUCUUUAAUGUUGCUCCUAAGCUCUUUGCAGUCUCGCAGAACGGCGUCCACACUGUUGCUUCACCACUUUUGGCGACGUGUCUGGCUUUUGAUUUCUCAAACUGUAUUCACAUUCAUGUCCUGUAGACUGUUCUCUCUGUGCCAUACUGCUAUGGUAUUUAUUUAGUAUCUUUCUGCGAGCUGAAUCAGUUAGAUGAUUUUCACUCUGCAAUUUUUCUCCAAGCGGUGGCUUUAGCUUAAAGACACAUUCUGAAAAAUCUGUCAGGACACUUGAGCUGUAGGUGUGAACGCAAGAAAACUGAUUGUUAAAACUGAUUCAAAAGGCUCAUAUUUGUUCUGGGAUCUGCACACCAGUUGUUUUUGUUAUUUGAAUUAUACAGAAUAAAAAUCAUAUUAAAGGUGUAAAAUGUUUUAAUCUAACGGAGACAUUUUUUUUAUACCACAAGCCCCUGACAGUUUGAUGAGUUGUCCUUACUUAUGAGGUCCUCUUGAAAAAUGUUUUAUAAUGAUUUAUUUCUUUGCUAUUUCAAAUCUGCAUUCUGCCCUUGUGAAAAUAUGCAAAUUAAAUAUGACUGAACUGCUCA